AACUGUCAAUGAUUAGUUGUUCGAAGAUACAGCUACAGUGUGAAAUCAUAUGUUAUCUGUCAUAUGUUUGCAUAAGUUUGGUAUUGUCUUAGUCCGAUGUAAUUUCUUAGUCUAUUUAAAUGUCUAUCGCUACAAAUUGUAGUAGUUUUGAGACCGGAUCAAAUUUUUUAAACAUGUCAUCCAAACCAAACUCUAUGUAAUUUUAAUCUUUAAAUCUGAUGAUUUUCAGCCUCAACUUAUUUAUACUGCACCGUGAACAUCCAUAAGUAAUUUUGGUGCUAACUAGAGUAUCAAGGUACAUAUCAUAUAUAGCUGAGUAUUUACUGAUGCAAACUUGUGCAUAUUUAUUUUUUUAUAAUUAAAAGCACAUGGAUCUUAAUUUCUUCUAACAACUUGCUAUGUUGUAAAUAAAAAUAAUGACAACUAGUAUAAAAGAACUGGUUCUCCCAUGAAUAAAAUAAGUUUUCUAUCUUUCAUGGUUGACUUUUGAAUGUAUAUGAAUGAGUAUGGAGCUAAACUGAACGGACAAUUAUCGUUAAAACCACAUACUUACAUCCCAACUCCAUUUUUUGAUCUGCUAUUUACUAAUAAACAUAAAAAUGGCUAAAUCAUUUGUCUUAGAUAUUGCUGAUUCUCUGCUAGGGAAGCUUGCUUCUUAUGCCUAUGACGAGGCUUCUCGAACUUAUGGUGUGUAUGAUGAUCUACAAGAUAUCAAAAACACUUUUUCAAUUGUCAUAGGUCUUCUGUUGGAUGCUGAGUAUAAGAAGGACCAAAAGCAUGGGCUGCGUGAAUGGCUGAGGCAGAUUCAAAACAUCUGCUCCGAUGCUGAAGAUGUAUUUGAUGGAUUUGAACUCCAACACAAGCGGAAAAAAUUUGUGGAUGCUUCUGGCAGCACGAGCAUGAAGGUAAGCUACUUCUUUUCCUCCUCCAAUCCACUUGUUUUCCGUUCUAGAAUGGACCAUCAGAUCAAAGGCAUUCGGGAUAGGUUGGAUAAGGUAGCAGCCGAUGGGAACAAGUUUGGUCUUGCGAAAAUCGACAAUGGUCCUGAACUUGUUUUGCAUAGGAGAGAAUUGACUAAUUCCCAUGUCGAUGCUUCAAGUGUUAUUGGGAGGGAGAAUGAUAGGGAAGAAAUUAUCAAGCUUCUGAUGCAACCACGUCCUCAAGGUGAUGGAGACGGUGAUAAAAGUUUGUGUGUUAUUGUUAAUUAUUUGCUUUUAGGACUGCAUUAUGUGGCUUUUCUUUAUGUUUAUUUUAUUCUCUAUCAGUUAUUUUUAGUCAAUUAGUGUUCCUACAUUUUAGGAGCAAGUAGUUGUUACUUGCUGAAGUAUUGGCAACGUGUGUUGUUCAGUUUUGUUUUUAAAUUAUUAAGUGUACUGCUUCUGUCAUAAUGAAAAACUGUAUUCCUAUUUCCACUCAA